CCCGACCCGCUGCCGGGAGCAGGCAGCGGUAGCCGCGUCAGGCCUUGCUCUGAGGCACGGCGCGGCCCAGACGGGCGUUGAUUUCCCGGGGAGGGACCUCGUGGGGAGGAGAAAGUGAGGAGGCCGCGCGAAGGCGCUGAGCUUGGAGGCCUUGGGGCCUUGGUCGCGUCCCAGCACCCACAUGGCCUCGGGAGUGGGCGCGGCCUUCGAGGAGCUGCCUCACGACGGCACGUGUGACGAGUGCGAGCCCGACGAGGCUCCAGGGGCAGAGGAAGUGUGCAGAGAAUGCGGCUUCUGCUACUGUCUCCGCCACGCCGAGGCGCACAAGCAGAAGUUCCUCAGUCACCACCUGGCAGAGUACAUCCAUGGCGCUGGGGCCUGGCCCUCGGGAGCCACGGGGGAGGGCCAAGGGCAGGACAAAGUUGAAGCCAAGGUGGAGAAUGAGACAGAGAUAGAGAGCGAAGCUGGGGAAGAGAGUGAGUCUGAGGAAGAAAGUGAAUCAGAGGAGAGCGAGACGGAGGAAGAGAGUGAGGAUGAGAGCGAUGAGGAGAGUGAAGAAAACAGCGAGGAAGAAAUGGAGGAUGAGCAAGAAAGUGAGGCAGAGGAAGACAACGAGGAAGAAGGAGAGUCUGAGGCUGAGGGAGAAACUGAGGCAGAGAGUGAAUUCGACCCAGAAAUAGAAAUGGAAGCAGAGAGAGUGGCCAAGAGAAAGUGUCCGGACCAUGGGCUAGAUUUGAGCACCUAUUGUCAGGAAGAUAGGCAGCUCAUCUGUGUCCUGUGUCCAGUCAUUGGGGCUCAUCAGGGCCACCAACUCUCCACCCUAGACGAAGCCUUCGAAGAACUAAGAAGCAAAGACUCAGGCGGACUGAAGGCGGCUAUGAUAGAGUUGGUGGAAAGGUUAAAAUUCAAGAGCUCAGACCCUAAAGUAACGCGGGACCAGAUGAAGAUGUUCAUACAGCAGGAGUUUAAGAAAGUUCAGAAAGUGAUUGCUGAUGAGGAACAGAAGGCCCUUCAUCUAGUGGACAUCCAGGAGGCAAUGGCCACGGCUCAUGUGACUGAGAUACUGGCAGACAUCCAAUCCCAUAUGGACAGGUUGAUGACUCAGAUGGCCCAAGCCAAGGAACAACUUGAUACCUCUAAUGAAUCAGCUGAGCCAAAGGCAGAGGGUGACGAGGAAGGACCCAGGCUGCAUAUCGUGACUUCCUUCCAGAUAGUGCAUAUGGAAAAGGGGAAGAAGAGUGACUUUACAGUGGAGAAACCUACAAACACUACCUCAGCCAGGUGAUCAAGUGGUGCCAGUGAAGAAGAGGACACAUGAAGGCCUGCAUCACCAGUGGGAAAUCAUCCCUCCCCCUUGUGUGUCUGUGACAGCGUGUAUGUAACGGCUUCUGAUUUCUGUGAAAGUUGCCCAGCAACAAACGUACUUUCAUCGGAUAUGUCCCCAAAUUCUUUCCAAGGGACGACCAGUUCUCAUGCUUACUGACUGACUGUACAGCUUCUCUUUCUCGGUUGUAGUAGGUCAAGGAAAAUUGCCGCUUUGAUCAGUCAGGAGCAAUGAAGAAGGAUCCUUCAGGUAAUCCUUCAAUGGCUGCUUUGAAUGGACUCAGGAAAGGCAGCCUCUGUAAUAGUGUACAACCAAACAGUAUUGCUUUAUUAGGAAGGAUCUGGGAUAAUCUUGAGGGACAGUCGUAAUUUUCCCUACCUGCUAAUAAAAACCCCACUUUGUUCGUAUCGAAGCAUGAAACAAACGAGGGCAAAGUGAGGCUGAAUUGACUCAUAUAGAUAGUCUCUAGAAGUCCAAUUCUAAAUUCCUGAAAAUGUGGUGACAUGAAUUAGGAUGGAUGGCUUGAAAAUAGAGUGAAGGAAAGAAUUAAGUGCUAGAAAUACAUGGAAAUAUUUUUAGUAUGUGAGCUUAUGUAGGACUUCAGAUUCGUAAUUCAGUACUGUGGAGAUGAAAAAAGUGAGGAGAUAGAAAGGAAAUAACCUUGAAAAAAAAAAAAAAAAGACCAAA